AUGGCCUGGCGUUGGAUCAGCAGUGAGCCGUGUGGAGCCCCUAUUUUUGAGAGCAUCCAGAAGCUUGGGGUCAUGUGGACAGAAGCCGAACAAGACUACCAUGUGACUACCGUGCCAACCUGGAGGAAGGGAGGGGCGGGGCUGCAGCUGGCGUGUGCGAGGGAGCGGCUACGGCUGGAGACGGCCAAUCGGGAAGCGGCCGAGCGCCGGCUGACCGCCGCCCAGUCCCUCCUCGCCCGUCUCCUUCCUUCAUGUCGCCCUCAAGCGGCAACGCUAUGUGACCGGCUCGAGGGAGAGGAGAAGGCGAUGCUGCAGGAGCUGAUGUGCAAGGAGGACCAGGCCGCGCCCCAAUCCGAACAACUGCCCCAUCACGACCCGCAACCGCGACCGUACGCGCCGGGGACACAGCCCGAAGAGCGAGAACAGGAGCAGCAGCGACAACAGCAGCGGCCAGCCGACAACAACUUCACCAACGACGAGUGGAGUUCGUGCGUGAAGGUCCUGCGGCUCAUUGCCUCGAACGUUCGCCUCUUCACCGAUCACAUAGUACAGCUGGCCUUUGCCAGGAGGAUAUUCCUGCGCAUGGUCGAACUGGAGCAGUCGCGGGAGCUCCCGCUGGUGCCCAAGGCCGCGGGCGGGGUCAAUCGGCGGCUGGACCUGGCGCUGAUGCGCUCGACCGAAUUGCGCAAGAGGCACAUCGAAGACAUUGAACGACUAAAGCGCGAACUGCCCUCGGCCUUUGAGUUUAGCUACAACCGACCGGCGAUCGAGUGGAUCAGUGAGGAGAACGGUUUUGCCGCAGUUGGCGAUACGCUGUCGGGACAGUGUGACGAGGUGCGAGCGGACAACGUCUCUUCUGGCCUCGACCCCACGGGCCAAUUCUUCGCGACCGAACGAAUAAUGCCCGCGGAAUGCAUGAUAUGCCAUGCGUCCUACCACCGUGUACACAUCUUCUACGGCGAUAAGUUUUGCCCGGCGUGCAGUCAACUCAACUGGACCAAACGAAACGCCACCGCUGAUCUCACUGGGCGCCUGGCCCUCGUGACUGGUGGAAGGAUUAAGAUAGGGCUGGAGACCGCCCUGAUAUUGCUGCGAUGCGGUGCGACCGUGUAUGAGAAGGAUUUUGGGGCGUGGAAGGACCGCUUGCACAUACUGAUGGCCGACUUCCGCGACAUCAGAGCCGUUGAGGCCUUGGUGGAGUACCUCUCUUCGCAUCUGCCCCGACUCGAUAUCAUCAUCAACAACGCCGCACAGACAAUUGCACGGCCCGCGCAAUUCUACGAGUACCUGCGACCAACCGAGGCCAAGCCCAACUCCCUUCUUCCGCCCCAGCAGCGAGAGCUUCUGACCAGCGAAUGGAACGACGGCCGAUACGCGGCCACCGCCGGCGCCCUCACCUGGCGUCGAGACGAAGUUGUGGCGCCAACGGAAGGCGGCGACGAUAGCAAAGACGACGACUACGACGAGAGUGGCGCGAUGCAAGGGCGACAGCGAGUCUUUCCGCUCGGGGUGCUCACGAGCGAGGGCGAGCAGGUCGACCUGCGCGAGAAGAACAGCUGGAGCCUCCACCUGGACGAGGUCUCCACCCGCGAAUUCCUCGAGGUCCAGGCGGUCAAUGCGAUUGCGCCGUUCCUUAUCAACGGUCGGCUGCGCGGGCUGAUGAAGCGAUCGCCGCCGCUCGCGAGCGACGGUUCGGGCGCCGCCACCCCCGAGGCCAAAUUCAUCGUCAACGCUGCGCUGAACAUGAUGACCCGGACCUCGGGUCCCGACUACGCGGCGGACGGGAUCUACAUGACCUCUGUCGACACCGGGUGGGUGACCGACGAGAAUCCGUGGCCCGUGCGGCUUGAAUCGGGGUUCUGUCCGCCGCUGGACUGCAAGGACGGAGCUGCACGCGUGGUGGAUCCCAUCUUGACCGCCAUCCGCGGCGAGGUGUCCGAGCCGGCCUUUGGGCUGUUCUUCAAGGACUACAAGAUCGCCCAUUGGUGA